AUGUCGAACACUAUAAUCAAAGGUGCUCAACGGGCAAAGCGAAAGCUGGCGGAUCUUCUCGACGAAGCAAAAGCAGUGAACUUAACGCCUCCUGAUCAACAUUUAUCGGUGGAUAAAAAGCAGCAACAAUUUGAACUCAAAAGAGGACUAUAG